GCUCCCCAGGCGCUCGCGCUGUCUCCGUCGCGCUCUGAGGUAGCCGUUGCUUGGCUUGUGUCGCUAGGCUCCGGCCUCUAACCAGGCCUUUACCACCUGCGCCGCCAUGGACGAUUACGCGGUUCUGUCGGACACCGAGCUGGCUGCCGUGCUGCGCCAGUACAACAUCCCUCACGGGCCCGUCGUGGGCUCCACUCGCAAGCUAUACGAAAAGAAGAUCUUCGAGUACGAGACCCAGAGGCGGAGGCUGUCGCCUCCCAGCUCGUCGGCCUCGUUCUCCUAUCGCUUCUCUGACUCGGAUUCGGCGUCGGUGGACUCAGACAUGUACGAUUUGCCCAAGAAGGAGGAUGCUCUGCUGUACCAGAGCAAGGGUUAUAAUGAUGACUACUAUGAGGAGAGUUACUUGACCACCAGGACUUACGGGGAGCCUGAGUCUGUGGGCACAUCCAAGGGCUUUCGCCAGCCUGGGACUUCAGAUGCUGACACCUUCCACCACCAGGUGCGUGAUGACAGUUUUUUCUCUUCUGAAGAAGAGGGCAAGGAUAGGGAACGCAUGUAUGGCCAGGAUAGUGCCUACCAAAGCAUUGCACACUAUCGUCCUGUUUCCAACAUCUCCAGAAGCUCCUUGGGCAUGUCCUAUUAUCCUGCAUCCUCCUCUGCCUCUUCUGUGUCCUCAUCUUCAUCUUCCUCUCCUUCAUGGCUUGCCCGCCGAGCCAUCCGGCCAGAAAAGCAAGCUCCUGGGGUUGCUCUGGGCCAGGAUCGCCAAGUCCCACUCUGGGGGCAGCUGCUCCUUUUCCUGGUCUUCGCUGCCUUCCUGCUCUUUGUUUACUACUCUAUGCAGGCUGAGGAAGGCAACCCUUUCUGGAGGGAGCCCUAAGGGUCUCGGCUUUGGAGCCAGUUCUUCUUAAAAGUCCUGGCUGACUGCCUUAGCAGUGUUUGCUGGGGGUGGGGGGUGGGGACUUUUCUGUGUGUUCUUGCUUUGGGGGAUGGGCCUAGCCCAGGGCAGUGCUUGCUUCCCCUGCCUUGUCCUGUCAGGAAGGCAGCAGACUCAGGCCCUCCUAGCUAUGGUGGACCUGGCUGUGCCUUCCUCUGAAGCCUCCUGGCCCUGCUUCCUCUGACCCUUAGGGCCUGGGAGAGCAAAACCUCACUCCUACAAAGGAAAAUGUGGUUGUCAUGCAUGCCUCCUGUUCAUUGUUAUCUUGUUAGGGAGAUUAACCAAAGGCUACCCUAACUUGUUUUUGUGGACACACAAUAAAAAUACUUUAUUUUUAA